CACAGCAAAAAGAGUGAACGGCGCCGCACAUUAUAGUAGCCCCAUCGCCUUCUUUCCCUCUUUCGUUCAGGUUUCUGCUCACCAAAUCCUACUGUUCAAUCGCGCCAUUUUCCUGCUGUGACUUGUGCUUCUGAUUCUGCUUAUUUGAGGUCGAUUAAAGGUAGAUAAGGUGCUAGUCAUGGCAUUGAUGUCCCAUCCUGGGUCAUCUCACAGCAUUCAUUCCAGGAUUAUACAGUGUAAAAUUAGGCAAAAUGGAGUUAAUAGCUUUGCCAACACAGUUGACUCGGCCAGAAUGCGGUCCCCUUAUUGGAGUUCCCUGAAGGUGAAACCAAGCUCAAGUUCCAUAGGCAUUGGACUGGGAAGCAGGCAUGGGCGCCAGGUAACUGUUGCUGCAAGUCCUCCUACAGAAGAUGCUGUUAUCUCGACCGAGCCACUUACAAAGGAAGAUCUCGUAGGUUACCUUGCUUCGGGUUGCAAACCCAAGGAAAACUGGAGGAUAGGCACUGAACAUGAAAAAUUUGGGUUUGAGAUCGGAACAUUAAACCCCAUGAAAUAUGAACAGAUAGCAGAGCUUCUUAACGGUAUAUCUGAGAGAUUUGACUGGGAUAAAAUAAUGGAAGGUGAAAACAUUAUUGGACUCAAACAGAAUAAUCAAAGUAUCUCGCUGGAGCCUGGUGGCCAAUUUGAGCUUAGUGGUGCACCCCUUGAAACUCUGCACCAAACUUGUGCUGAAGUCAAUUCUCAUCUCUAUCAGGUUAAGGCUGUUGCAGAAGAAAUGGGGAUUGGAUUUCUAGGAAUUGGCUUCCAGCCCAAAUGGAGACGUGAAGACAUACCAAUAAUGCCCAAGGGAAGAUAUGUAAUCAUGAAAAAUUACAUGCCCAAAGUUGGGUCGCUGGGACUUGAUAUGAUGUUUAGAACAUGUACUGUCCAGGUGAACCUGGAUUUUGAUUCCGAAGCUGAUAUGAUAAAGAAAUUCCGGGCUGGUCUUGCCUUACAGCCUAUAGCUACGGCAUUGUUUGCAAAUUCACCAUUCACUGAAGGGAAACCAAACGGAUAUCUUAGCAUGAGAAGCCAAAUAUGGACAGAUACUGACAAUGACCGGUCUGGAAUGCUUCCUUUUGUCUUUGAUGACUCCUUUGGGUUUGAACAAUAUGUAGAGUAUGCUCUUGACGUCCCAAUGUACUUUGUCUAUCGGAAGAAAAAGUAUAUAGAUUGUGCUGGAAUGUCCUUCCGGGACUUUUUGGCUGGGAAACUUCCUUCUCUUCCAGGUGAAUAUCCAACUCUCAACGACUGGGAGAAUCAUUUAACAACAAUAUUUCCGGAGGUUAGGCUUAAAAGAUACUUGGAGAUGAGGGGUGCUGACGGAGGACCUUGGAGGCGGCUAUGUGCACUACCUGCAUUUUGGGUUGGUCUCUUGUAUGACAAUGAUUCUCUGCAAAAUGUUCUGGACAUGAUAGCAGAUUGGACACUCGAGGAAAGAGAGAUGCUUAGAAAUAAGGUCCCAAAGGAGGGGCUGAAGACGCCAUUUCGUGAUGGCUUGCUGAAGCAUGUCGCGCAAGAAGUUCUCAAAAUUUCCAAGGAUGGCUUGGAAAGAAGAGGCUUCAAGGAGGCUGGAUUCUUAAAUGAACUGACGGAAGUCGUUAAUACAGGCAUAACUCCAGCGGAAAAGCUCCUCGCUCUGUACCACGGGAAGUGGGGACGAAGUGUCGAUCCUGUAUUUGAGGAGCUGCUCUACUAGAGAUUGGAGCAGGUCAGUUUGAUAGUAUCAAAGCUUGGGGAGCAAAAUAAUGAGUUGUAAGUUUUUUUUCAAGAGGAUUCAAUAAUGGUUCCCCUUAGUCGAGGAAGUUUCGGUUACGACAUGUUUCAAUACGGUUAUGAAGACAUUUCAUGUUUACUCUUUUCUGUACGAGUCUUACAUUGCAGUUGCGAUUCGCAAACUAGAUGAGAGAUAUUGAUUUGUAAAUUGUAUUAAGAAAAUUGUAAACCGGGUUUACAAUUUUCCGGGUUCAAGAAAAUCGACAUGUUAUGAUGCA